UCAUGGCCAUACCCGGGACCCUCGCAACAAACAUUGUGGCGUGUCUCUCUCUAAGUGCUAGCCACCUCCAUCACCAGUAGCAGCAGUUCAGAACUAGGGAAGAGAAAAACAUGUAAAAGUUUCUGCCAGAAUUUUGCCCUGUUGAAGCCGACUGACCAGCAUCCUUGGAUGCGACAGAUUGAGACAAGAAAUGGCCAGUGCAUCGCGUGAGGUCUACCACUUCAAGGACGAAGAGCUCUCAUCCCACCUCCUUUCGCAGCUGAACUUCUUGAGACAGGACCGCAUCCUGACCGACGUGCUCCUGUGCUCCGACGGCCAGGAGAUCCCCUGCCACAGGAACGUCCUGGUGUCCAGCAGCCCCUACUUCAGGGCCAUGUUCUGUAACAACUUCAAGGAGAGUAGCCAGACCAGGAUCGACCUGAAGGGGAUCACCUCCGGCAUCCUCAGCGGUAUCGUGGACUAUGUCUACACGGGGGCGAUCACCAUCACCAUGGAGCUGGUGCUGCCGCUGAUGCAGACCGCCUCCAUGCUGCAGUACUCCCGCCUCUUCGAGGCCUGCUCCACUUUCCUGCAGGAGCAGCUGAACCCGGACAACUGCCUGAGCAUGAUCCGGCUCUCCGAGAUCCUGCACUGCGCCAGCCUGCGGGAGAAGGCCCGGGAGAUGGCCGUGCGGAGCUUCUCCGACGUGGCCGCCUCCGAGGACUUCCGGGAGCUCUCACUGCCCGAGCUCAUGUGCUACCUGGAGGACGACCGGCUGUGCGCCGAGGAAGAGCAGGUCUUCGAGACCCUCCUGGCCUGGAUCCACCACGACCCCUUCUCGCGGCGCGGCGCCAUCCACGACCUCUUCAAGCGGGUGCGCCUCCGCUACAUCCACCCCACCUACCUCUUCCAGUUCAUCGCCAACGACCCGCUCAUCCAGUCCUCCACGCUCUGCACCGAGAUCAUUGAGUCGGUCCGCCGGCUCAUGUUCUCCGUCAGCGCCAAGUGCACGCAGGAGCUGAAGCCCCUGUGGGUGACACCGCGCCGCUAUACCUGCCGCGAGACGCUGGUGGUGGUGGGCGGCCGCAAGAACAACGAGCAGACAUCGCGCGAGGCGCUGCUCUACGACGAGCGUACCCAGCGCUGGCAGUGGCUGGCCAAGCUGCCACUCCGGCUCUACAAGGCCUCCUACGUCAGCAUCCACAGCAUCCUCUACGUGGUCGGUGGGCUCACCAUGACCGCCGGGGACAAUGUGGUCAGCGCCACUGUCUACACACUCUCCCUCAAAACCAACCAGUGGAGGACAGCCGAGCCCAUGCUGGAGCCCCGCUACGCCCACCAGUGUGUCUCCUACUUGCACUUUAUUUUUGCCCUCGGCGGUAUUGGGGCAGAUAAGCAGAUCUCAGACACAGUGGAGAGGUACAACAGCAUGUUUAACCUGUGGGAGCCCAUGGCCCCCAUGCCCACGGCUGUCCUACACCCGGCUGUUGCUGCCAACGACCAAAGGAUCUAUGUGUUCGGGGGUGAGGACGCCAUGCAGAAUCCCGUCCGGUUGAUACAGGUCUAUCACAUCUCUCGGAAUCUGUGGUCCAGGCUGGAGACCAGAACAGUGAAGAAUGUGUGCGCACCCGCUGCUGUCAUUGAAGACAAAAUCUACAUCAUUGGAGGAUACACAAGAAGAAUGAUCGCCUACGACACCAAAGCAAACAAGUUUGUGAAAUGCGAGAACAUGAGGGAGAGACGAAUGCACCAUUCUGCCACGGUCAUCGACAACAAGCUGUACGUGACAGGGGGCCGCUACCUCAAUGGCCAUGAUGCCAUCGAGGACUCGGACUGCUUCGAAUGCUACGACCCAAAGACGGACGUAUGGACCUCCAAGGGGACGCUUCCCUAUAAGCUGUUCGACCACGGGUCCCUCCCUCUGAUCUGCGUCUCGAACAAGCCCAACCCUCCUUGAACAUCCUCUCCGCUCCCUGGGCGCC